AUGACAAAACUUACAAAUUUGUUUCUAAACAGAGCCCAGCUCGUUAUGAAAUAUCUAGGCGUUUGGGUUCCAAAUGAAAGCGACACAAUUUAUCGAAAGUUAUAUAAAAUAUUUAUGCUUUCUUUGCAAUACACGUUCUUGUUAUUUCAAAUGAUUUUUGUGGUCCAGGCGUGGGGUGAUUUGGAGGCAGUAGCUGAUGCUGUUUACCUACUGUUCACUCAGGCUAGUUUAUGCUGUAAAAUUGCAGUUUUUCAUAUAAAUAUUGAAGGCGUAAGAGAAUUAUGUCAGAAAAUGAACAACGAAGUGUUUCGGCCUACGAGCGUCGUACACGAACGAAUACUACAAAUACGGGCAAAGAAUAUAAAGCGACUGCUGCUGUGUUUUAUUGUAGCGGCUGAGAUGAUUUGUUUGGCAUGGGGUGUGGCGGCACUCCCAUUAUUUGAUAAUGGGCCAAGAAAAUUUCCUUUUGUCAUGUGGAUGCCGGUGAACUCUGGUUCUAGUCCACAAUAUGAAAUCGGGUUCUUGUUUCAAGAAUUAACAAUUUCCACCAGUGCGAUGAUGUACUACGGAGUUGACAGUGUUGCAUUUUCAAUGGUAAUAUUUGCGUGUGCGCAGAUGGAGAUUAUUAUGGAAAAGAUUUUGUAUUCAGAGUUAAUUUCAAUUGAGCCCCGCAAUGACGCAGUUCUAAACAAUGAUGCAUCUUUGACGAAUCAUUACUUUAAUGGAAACAAAAUUCUAAUAGAAUGCGUGAAACACUAUCAAGCAGUUAUAACGUUCAAAGAGUUAGUGGAGAACACCUUUCACAUUUAUAUGUUCUUUCAAUUGACCGGCACUGUUGGUAUUAUAGUGAUGAGUGCGUUUCGGAUUUUGGUAGUAAAAAGUGAAAGAUUUCAAUUUAUUUCAACCAUAAUAUAUGUCAUUGUUAUGGUUAGUCAGAUAUAUCUUUGCUGUUGGUGUGGACAUGAACUGACUGCUACGAAUGAAAAGCUACAUAGAGUCCUAUAUAUGAGUCUAUGGUAUGAGCAGGAUGUGAAGUUUCAGCGUGCUCUAUGCUUCAUGAUGGCUCGAACACAACGGCCGUUGGUCCUUCGAGCCGGGCACUACAUUAGUUUGUCGCGACAAACUUUUGUUGCUAUACUUCGCAUGUCGUACUCUUACAUCGCAGUUCUAAAUCAAACCAUGUAAUUGAAGAAUUAUGAAUAUUGUAGAGUGGAUUCGGAAAUUACAGAUAAUUAUUAAAGUUAUACCUAAAAUUGGCAGUCUAUGAGUUGGUAAACAAAACCCAUUAGGUAGUUGUUUUGAAAUAGGGGAUAAUUGCUUCAUACAGCAUGUUUUAAAUUUCCGUUAUUAUCGUUUUCAUAAGUAGA